GUGAAAUAUAUGAAAUGUGCAGGAAAAGUCACAUGUUUUCUGGGAUAGGUUGAGUUUGGCAUCAGGACGAUUCAGCUAUUCACCAACUCGGCCCAGUCCUGAACAACUCGGCUAGGGUUAGGCUUAUGUUAAGGGCUUAGACCCACCAGUCAUAGUGUCCGACAUCCAUUGAAUUUCACUACCAACUUAGAUUCCUUCCUUUGACUUUAAAAGUUUGAGAAAAAACAACUAAUUGACAAAAAGGAAUCUUGCUGCUUUACUCAUUCAUCUACAGAUAAAGUUCAAAGAGAGAAAAAUGUGAGUAGAUUAACAUGAAAGUAAGGCAUUGAGCAUUUAAAUCCAUUUCAACUCUCAUGCUGACAAAAGAGUUGAAUGUUUCCGUAAUACUGUUAAUGGCUGUAAAGUGUUGUGUAGGUCUGGUUACCUCCCAGCACAAGUAUGUGGUCCAUAGCUAUGGUCUGUUGAAGACAACAGGCAAACAUCAUCAUCACAACCGCAGCAGGACGUUUGACUUGAAAUGGCAGAUCCUUACCAACAGGCACAACCAUUUUGACUUGAGAGCAGGGAUGGUGUUCAUAACUGCAUUGCUAACAUCUAAAAUUACAGCAUAUCCAAUGACUUGAUUAGAAAUUAAAACAACUAACUAAGAUACCAAAACCAUAACAGAUUGCCCACCUUGCUUAUUUUAAACAGAGAUGGUAUUAUAAUCUAAAAUUGGAGGUAGGAGGCACACCUAUGGAAACAUGUGGUACCUCCCAAGUUUCCAAUGAAACAUAAAGUUCUGUUUUGUCCUGUGUCCCUACAGACGGAGGGACGACUGGAUCAGAGGUUGUUCACACAUGUUAUAUAGGGAAUGGAUGGGGAAAUGGCUUCAUCAACAAAGUCUUUCCUGAUGUGGAUGACUGAGAAUCUUUUCAUAUACCUGAUGCUGGACUGACACACUUACAUGUAUAGCAGGAAAGACAUCGGUCAACCAAGCCUUACAUGUACAUGAAGACGUGUAUGCCAAUAGUGAGAGUCGUAAAGUCAAUGGAACAGUUACUCAUGUUAUCUGGAAGCUGUCUUCCACAGGGUGUACUGGUCUACAGUUGUUCAGUCUGCAUAACACACUUGUAGUGCUGACCUUCUCACUAUGUCUACAGUUAAAGGAUUCAGUCAGAUAGACAUGAAUUGGUCCAGUGUAGAUCACAGAGAAUAGCUGCCACCAUGUUUCUUUCAGUUCUACUCCUUCUGUACAGUUUACCCGAGACUAUGGGGCAGAUGAAUGAACCUGGCUGUACACAGUACAGCACUGCUUUCCAAUCUGUGGCAUCCUGUGUUGGACUGCAGCUGACAGAAGUACCAUCAAACCUCCCCAGCAACAUAACUGAACUCAAUCUCAACAACAACAGUCUGAGUCACAUUAGGAAAGGAGACUUUCUGAGGUUUAGACACCUGACAACACUGCACUUGUCUCAGAACAACAUCACUCUUAUCCAAGAAAAGUCCUUGUCAGGGCCGCCCCUUGUCAAUGUGUUCCUCCGACACAACAGGUUGGAAAACAUUCCUGAGGAGGUCUUACACAUCCAUAGUCUAAAAUAUCUCAACCUAGAGAACAACCAAAUCAACAAUCUUACAGUACCACUUGGAAAGUACAGAACAACAGCACAGCUUCGGGUGCUCGUCCUAAAAAACACACAGUUGUCACUGUUACAAGGCCACAUCUUUGCCAGCAUGAAUCUUCAAAGUCUAGACCUAUCUUUUAACAAGCUGGAAUCACUUCCACACUUGGUUUUUGGAAAGCUUAACAAGAAGUUAGAAACUUUAACACUAGCAGUAAACAGGCUGUCUGACAUUCCUAGUUCUAUACACAAACUCACAGUCCUACAACAUCUGGACCUCAGCUACAACAAAAUCAAGAGAGUAGCUGCCACUUCUCUCACUGGUUUGCAAAACCUGAAGACCCUGUACCUCUCAGGCAACGGCAUCAUUUCCAUUGCAGAUAAUGCAUUUUCACAUCUUCGGUUGACCCGUCUGAAUCUGUCUUCAAACAAACUAACAACCAUACCAACUCCACUGACUAGCAUGGCAUCCAUGACAAUGUUGUCACUCGGAGGUAAUCCUUUGGGGCAAAUACAGCCUGGAAUACUGCAAUCAAUGCCUGCAUUGCACACAUUGGAACUAGAGAAGGUCGGGCUAUCCUACUUACCUUCAGGCACCUUCUCUAACUCGUCAUUGACACACCUCAACUUGGCCUUUAAUAAGCUGCAGGGGCUGCCCAUGGACAUCUUCAGUGGCACAGCUCUGAGGGUGCUGCAGCUGCAGGGGAACCAGUUCUCCCAGUUCCCUCGUGCUGUAGCAGCACUGUCCAGCCUGGAACUCUUGGACAUAUGCCACAACGCCAUCACUGUUCUGGAACCUGUGGAGGACUUCUCCAGAUUGACCAAGCUGACAAGGUUGUUGAUGCAUGAUAUGGGCCUGAGAAGGAUUGACAAGGAUGGCAUUUUCCAUGGAAUGGAGUGUCUUGAAGAACUGGAUUUGAGCAGGAACAAACUGACAACACUGCCACGGAACACCUUCCAUGGCCUCCCCUCUCUGAGAACAGUUUUGCUUGGACAAAAUAAACUACAGUCCCUGCCCAUCAAUAUCUUUAGCAACACAACUACAUUAGAUCAUAUCGAUCUAUCUCAUAACAAGCUAGAGUACCUCUCAACUCUCUCUGUUACAACAAUGUCUAAAGAAUCCAUUUCAUCCCAGAAUGUGCACCUGGAGAACAACCCUUGGUACUGUGACAGUAACCUCUGUCCCCUCAUGGACUGGUACAGCAAACUUCAGCAACCUGUGUCAACACCCGCUCCAAACUGUACAUGUCAGACACCCUCAAACAUGACAUUUCAUCAAGCAAUAUCAAUGUUUUGUGUCAAAAGAACUGAAACAAGUCCACUCGAAGGAACGGAUGACUCAUCAAAUGUCAGUUAUGGGACAGAAGCUGAUCAAACGGUCCUUUUUGUGGUUAUAGCUGCCAUAGUUUUGUUCAUGCUUGUUAUGGUUGGGGUCAUUGUUUACCAUUGGAAGAAAAAGCGAGCGCAGUCUCCUCAUAUCAAGCCUUAUCAUUUCACCUCGGACAUUCGGCGUCAAUACCUGGAAGACCUCCAGGGCCUUCUGUCACGACCAGACUCCAGCGAACCAGUCUACGAAACAAUUGACAACAUGCGCUGCCCUUCUUCGGUGUCCAGUCACAUGUACGCAGUGGCUGAUGAUGACCUGGACACAAGAAGCAUGGCAAGUACUGGGACAUACCUCUCCUUCCCAGGUCAAAGUAGGUGUGGAUGGCAGUCGGCAACAUCCCUUUCUGUGAUAGAUGACGAGGAUGACACCAAGACCAUCACAAGUCAUCAUACCUAUCUUUCACUUCUCGGGGAUACUGACAGCAUUGACAGCCAACCUGUACACCUUCCCCUGAUUGGUCCAGAUGUUAACACAAGCAGCACUAGCAUACACAGCAGCAUGGACUGUGAUGAAGGAGGCACAGAGAACAUUCCUGGACAACCAGUCUACAACUUCCCUAAGUGGAAGGGAUAUUUUCCCAGAGAAAAGUCUACCCUGAGUUCCAUAACCUGUGCCUCCCAUGCUACUGUCAGCAAAGUCAUUCUGGAAGACUUGAAAGACAAUGCACUGGAUGGAACUGUAACUUAAAAGCUACAACUAAACUAGGCAUAGCCUAGGCAUACAUUUAACAAGAUGACAACAAAUAUACAAAUGUACAUAGUAUUAUUACAUGUUUGUACAUAUCGGUAAGACAUCUGUUUCUUGAGACAGUGUAAAUGUGUCCUGCUAGAGCCAAUAUUUUAAGAAAGACACAUUUUUGUCUGGACUAUUUCUUAAUACCACAGAGCAAACAAACAAAGCUUUUUCCAAACUCCUACUUGUGCUUGUACACAAUAUGUGUAG